CAAGGUAUUCCAGUACUCAAAUGUCAUACCCACAAACAACAAUUUAAGCAACCCAAGCAGCUAUUGCUAUUGAUUAGGAAAAUAUUUAACUCAAAGUAAAUUUGGAAGACGUUUAAGCAAAACCAUUGUCAAAAUGCAGGAUGCAGAGACAGAUACGAAGCGAACCAAAAGCUACGUGGAGGAGGUAUUUCGCAAAGUGCAGGCGAAACCCGGCGUGGAGGACAUAUUGAUCAUGAAUCACUCGGGUGUGCCGGUUAAGACCUCGAUGGAUCGCCAGGAUGGCCUGCAGUAUGCCUGUCUAUAUGACAAUUUGCGGGAGAAGUGCCAGGCAUUCCUCUCCAAAAUGGAGCCAGCUCAAAAUUUAACUCUGUUGAGAGUGCGUACCAAGUUUCACGAGGUACUGAUUACACCAGAUGCCAAGAUCACCGUUUUGGUGGUUCAGAAUGCCAAGGAUACGUUUCUUAACAUUAAGGGUUAGCAUACAAACAUUGUGCUAUGUUCAUGAUUACCACAAAAGAUCUAAAUAAAGUUUUCAGUUGGA